GCUUCCGUAGGAAUUCCUUCACUGUCAGUGUGAGGAGACGGUGGCAUCGGUAAACCUCCAAAUCCUGCUCUAGCUGUAAAUAAUGGAAGAGAUUAAUAACAUUGAAGUCGUCCCAUGCACAGAGUCCAACUACCUGAAACCGUUCCGGGUCCACUAUAAUCAGAAUGGCACAAAAAAAUCCUGGGACUUCAUGCGCACCCACGACAGCGUAUCUGUGCUGAUCUUCAACACAACCUCACACUGUUUUAUCCUCGUCAAGCAGUUCCGUCCAGCUGUUUACAUGUGUGAGUGGGAAAAGGCCAAGACAAAGACCUCUCAGGAAGCUGAAAAAACUGAAGAGGGAGAAGCUUCUGAAUCUCAAGAGGGCCCGUCGGCCUCAGCUGGAGAGAGUCCUUCCCAGUGGCCCCCAGCCUCAGCUGGGGUCACCUAUGAGCUUUGCGCCGGCCUAGUGGACAAGCCAGACCUGUCGCUCGAGGAGAUCGCCCGGCAGGAAGUGCUGGAGGAGUGUGGCUAUGAUGUACCAGCUUCCAAGCUGAAGAGGAUCACUUCAUACAGGUCAGGCGUGGGUGUAACGGGUUCUAAGCAGACAAUGUUUUACGCGGAGGUGUCCGACGACAACUGCGUGAGUGCCGGCGGAGGCGAGCCCCGCGAGGGGGAGCUUAUCGAGGUCGUCAAAGUCCCGCUGCACGAGGCCAUGACGUUUGCCUACGACGAACGUAUACCCAAAACCAUGGGCGUCAUUUUUAGUUUCAUCUGGUUCCAUAAUAACAUGUCUCCCAAGUACAAGAUUUCUACCAAUGUGUAACUGCCAUUAGUUUAACACUCUUUCUGUCAUUUACUGCAUAUUAAAGUCAAACACUGGUUCAGCACAUUUCUGCAAACCCCUCACAGCUCAUAUCCUGUUGUUGCCUUUUAGCUUAUUGGUACACAAACGAGGGUCCUUAUCACUUUUAGCUUUUUUUUUUAUUUUGAUAAUCCUUCAUACAUCAGUUUGCCAUAGCU